AUGGUGUUGAGCAAGACCGCAGGCGACGCCGACGUGAAUCUCCGGUGCACUUUUGCGUCUCGAUACGCGUGCAGUUCCCUUCCCCGGUUGAAGAUUCCAGAAGGUUCGAUGCCAAAGGAGGCUGCUUAUCAGAUUGUGAAGGAUGAGUUAAUGCUGGACGGCAACCCUCGCCUCAACUUGGCCUCUUUUGUCACCACUUGGAUGGAACCCGAGUGCGAUCAGCUCAUCAUGGCCUCCAUCAACAAGAACUAUGUCGACAUGGAUGAGUAUCCUGUCACCACCGAGCUUCAGAAUCGGUGUGUGAAUAUUAUAGCACAUCUGUUCCACGCCCCCGUCGGCGACGACGGAACAGCCCUUGGUGUUGGCACUGUGGGUUCAUCAGAAGCUAUAAUGCUUGCUGGCCUUGCCUUCAAGAGAAAAUGGCAAGCUAAAAUGAAGCUGACGGGCAAACCCUUUACUAACCCCAACAUUGUCACCGGAGCUAAUGUCCAGGUUUGCUGGGAGAAGUUUGCUAGGUACUUUGAUGUUGAAUUGAAGGAGGUAAAGCUUAGAGAGGGUUACUACACGAUGGAUCCGGGUGAGGCCGUGGAGCUUGUAGACGAGAACACCAUCUGCGUUGCAGCCAUUCUAGGAUCCACUCUCACUGGAGAAUUCGAGGAUGUGAAGCUACUAAACGAGCUCCUGACGAAGAAGAACGAGGAGACGGGUUGGGACACCCCCAUCCACGUUGAUGCUGCUAGCGGAGGCUUCGUCGCCCCCUUUCUUUAUCCCGACCUUGAAUGGGACUUCCGUUUACCUCUGGUGAAGAGCAUCAAUGUGAGUGGCCACAAAUACGGCCUUGUUUAUGCCGGGGUUGGCUGGGUUGUCUGGAGGAGCCACCAUGACUUGCCUGACGAACUUGUUUUCCAUAUCAACUACCUUGGAUCCGAUCAACCUACUUUCACCUUGAACUUCUCCAAAGGUUCUAGCCAGAUCAUUGCCCAAUACUAUCAAUUCAUAAGACUUGGUUUUGAGGGCUACAACAGCAUAAUGGAGAACUGCAUGCAAAACGCAAAGAUCCUGAAAGAAGGGAUCGCCAAGACCGACCGUUUCAACAUCGUCUCUAAAGAUGUUGGAGUGCCGGUUGUGGCCUUCUCCCUCAAGGAUAGCGCCAACUAUACAGUUUUCCAGAUAUCCGAAUCUCUCAGGAGGUUCGGAUGGAUUGUCCCGGCGUACACCAUGCCUCCCAAUGCAGAGCACGUUGCAGUGCUCCGCAUUGUAGUGCGAGAAGACUUCAGCCAUACACUAGCGGAGAGGCUCAUAUCAGACAUGGAGAAAGUAGUCAGGGAGUUUGAUGCGAUGCUGCCUCGUGCUGCUGUAAAAGAAGCUCAUGUCACUGCCAAUGACGGUAAGAGGUCGGAGAAGAGCGUCCUCGAGGUUCAGAGGGAUGUGUUCAGCUACUGGAGGAGGAUUUCGGACAAGAAGAGCAGCGGUGUCUGCUAAAAUUUCACACACAUGAUUCUGUGUGAUCUUGUUAUGAUAAUGUUUAUGUUAAGGUUUGUUGUUUGUUGUUGUUUUAGUUUUAGUUUUAGUUUUAGUUUUAGUUUUAGUUUUAGUUUUAGUUUUAUCAUAUGGUGGUUGUA